GUAAAAUAAAAGAGCAUUUCAAUCCACAUGCAGAACAUUCCAGGUUUAUCCUUCUUUGAUGGACUUACUAAAUCGCGCAAUGCUCCAACAAGUGGGCGCAUGUCUUCACUGAAUGCAGGACGGUCGCCAACAGACACACCAUUACGCGAUGCUGCUCCGUUCUCGUCUCUAAGAGGCACAAGAGGCCUAAAUACCCAGGGAUACCGUGAGGACGACCGUCCUGAGACAGGAGAAGGUCGUGCAGAGGCAUUCGAUGAUCCAUUAUCAUCAUCAUCAUUAACUGGCGACAGUAUACCAUCAUCUUCCUUACCAGCCGCGUCGUUCUCAAGGCGCGCUGCAACAAUCUCAGCCGGCUCUUCAUCAAUGCCGGCAUUGCCAACUCGACGCACGACCAGCUCAUCAAGCGCAAGUCGCUCAAGCAUCUUUUCCUCGCCGCUGUUGGGGGGUCGUCGAUCCAGCAGUACAGCAGAGAAUGCCGCCGCUUCCGGCAUUGGAGGACAGAGAAGUGGAUCUAUCCAGAGCAAUAAUAGCGGUACCAGUAUUAAAGAAAAUGAAGAGCCUACCGCCAAGGAUGUGACAUUGAUGGCACCAGGGACGCAGGCUUAUGAGUUGUUGAAGCGGAUACAAGAGCAUCCCAUUGAGCUUGCAGAUAUUAUCCGAAUGCUUGUCACUAAGAAGGCUAUUUUGAUCCUCCCAACAUGUGCAGCAUCCACAGAGGAACCAACGCCUCCAAGGUCAACGUAUGAAGAUCAUGUUAUCAUUCCUGAAAGCAACUCUGGCGAGUCUCUGUUUGUUACUCUCAGUGGGAUACGGGGGGUCCUUAGACCAGCAUCUUCGUCUAUUACUAUGCUAGGAAUGGCUACGGGACAGGAUUUCGGCACAAUUCCUGCAGAUGCUUCUGGUCCUACCAAACGCUCGUUUUUUGACAAUAUAUCAAAAUCAUCAAACGCGCUUGAAGGAUCUAUAUUGGGAGAUAAUAGUAAUGGUACAGAUAUAAAUGAGCUUAAAUUAGUGAACUCCAGCAAACGCCCUGUAUUCAUUUAUGUAGAGUCUGUAGGGCCUAUUCAUGCACUAUUGGUUGACAGGAUCAUUCCGCGACCGGAAGGCGAUGCAAUACCCACACCACUUGUGCCUUUGGCAACAGGCAUUGCAACUGUCAAAGAUCGUUCUGAAGCCAGGAGGACAACCGGCUCAUCAACAAGCUCCGUAAGGUCAAUGAACAUGAAUGAUGAUAAUAAUAAGGACACAGCAUCUUUGCCCAAAUUGCCAAAGAUCGGCUCGGAUUUGCCAUUAGAAUGGGAUAGUGUUGUCAAGGGUCUGGAAAGCUUCGUACUAAAGCUCAGGAAGAGCCCUCUGAGCAGUGCAGAUCGGUAUUCUAACGAAUUUCAACGGAAGUACGACGAUGUUCGCCAUCGUUUUGAGGCAUAUGGCUCUGCAUCAGGGAUGAAAAGCCGAUGGAAUGACCAAGAUUAUGAUGAAGUACAACAAUGGGUUGAAGCAUGGCUUUGCAGAGAGAUGUACCAGGCAAUCUUCCCGCAUUCGUCUUAUGGAAUCAACAGUCAGGACUAUCUACAAGACGAACAGUUACAAGCCAAGAUUGCGGCGCUGAACUUCUUGGACCUAACUCUGGAGCAUCUUGGAUUUGUGUUGGAGCAACCCGAGGAUGUGGAGCAUAUCGCUCAAGUGGUCCGGGAGGGAGGGACUGAAAUGCAGAAACUAGCCAUGGUCAGGUCUCCGUCCGACAAAAUGAACGUCAUUCUAUCAUCACAUCGCGUCGUUGUUGAUGCUCUAAAUAGAGAGUCAGCUGUUCAGAAUUUAAUGGUGGGAGUUGGGGGAACAAAAGAAACGCUAAUUGAUGAAAGUGCAAAGGACAAUGCAACAGCAGCAACAGAAAGUAUAGGAAGCAAUACUACAACCUUACUGACGACUACUGUUCCGGGUGCGGGAACAACGUCAACUGCUUCAGUGAAUAAACGACUCAGCAUCCCAAAAAUCCCAAUGGAUGGACUCGUUCCUCGACUUGAUUCUUCCGUCAGUAGCGGUGCUCUUUUACCAAGGAUCCCCAUGGAUGAAGGGUAUGACCGGCCAUCGCUUGAGACAGACACCGAAAAAAGAGACCAUAUGAUAGAGUUGGGGGAAUCAAAAAACAAGGAUCAAGCGGAUCCUAAGGAAAGCUUUGAUCAGGCUGAGGCUACUAAAGAAGGAGAUGAAAUGAAAAAGUAUGAUCCAAAAACAAAGUUCGAGGAAGAAAACGAAAAAACUGAGGACAAUAAGAUUGUUAAUGAUACGGAAAACGGGAGAGAAGAUCCUUUGACGAUAGCAACUGAAGUUGACCCAGCCAAAAUUGCGCUACCUAUGAGCCCUGUUAUGGAAGUUGGCACGACAGUUUCAGUUGAACCUGUUAAAGGUGCUUCAGAUAUCUCAAGCACCAGAGCAGCAGCACCUGCACCGACAGCCUCGCCUACACCUUCGUCGUCAAGGAGGCAGUAUAGUGCAGACGUGCUUUUACCACUGCUUAUCUUUAGUGUUGUAAAGAGCAACCCGCCAAUGCUGAUUUCAAACCUCAGAUAUAUUCAACGAUUCAAAGUUCAAGACCAUCUGACAGGAGAGCUUGCAUACUGCCUUACCAAUAUGAUGGCUGUAGUUUCAUUCUUAGAAACACUAGACCCUAAGGCACUUGGACUGUCUAAUGACAUUAGAGUUAUGAGUGAUAUGUCUGACAUUCAAGUUAUCCCUGGUGGAAAGCUUAAUCCACCCGCACCGCUUCUCAAUUUUCAGGAGGGACUGGACCAAACCAAGGCUCUUGGACACAAAGUCAGCCAAGAACUCGCUGGUGUCGCAGGGGAGGGUCUCAAAGUGAUCUCGGAUGUUGUUCAGGAUGGAUAUUCAAAAUUCUUUAAUCGCCUGCUUACUGCGGCGGAUGGCUUGAGUAAUAAUAAAGGAGGACUUGGACCCAAUCUGAGCCGUAGCGGUACGAAACCCACAACAGCAGCAUCUUCAUUAGCAGCCACGGCUGCUGCUGCGGCUGCGAUUGAAGAGGAGAUGAAACGGAAAGCAGCUGAGGAAAAAGACAAGACCCUUGUUGGCUUAGUAAGCCCUGCAGAAGUAACGAGUAAUGUAACCGUCCUAAGCGUCGAUGCGACCGUAGGCAGCAGCGGCAGUAGCCAUAGUCAAGGCGGAGCCAUCGAGAAAUCAAGCUCGCAUGAUACAGCGAUGGAACAUGCCGCCAAGAGCCGAGCCUUAGAGUUCAUACGAUCAUCCGAAGGCCCACAGCGCGAAUUCAUGGCGUGUACGGAUGCUGGAGAUUUGCGGCUGAGUGAUAUUCAGAAACUUUUGAGCGAUUAUCAGAGGAUCGGCAAAAUUCUCCAGGAAGUGAAGCGACUUGCAUAAAAUAAAAGAAUAAAAGCAAAAUAAUUUUUAUAUGAUUUACUACUGAAAGG